AUGUCUUUCUCAAACAAACUAUCAUUGGUUUUGUUACUUUCUUCUUUUCUCGUCCAUGCAUCUUUUGGUGAGAUGAUAUGCGAGGACUUACCGAAAGAAGUGUGUACUUUCUCAAUAGCUUCUUCGGGGAAGAGGUGUUUGUUAGAGACGGAGAAAGGAAUCAACGGUGAAACUGAGUAUCAGUGCAGAACAUCUGAAGUUGUGGUGGAGAGAAUGUCGGAGUACAUAGAGACAGAUGAGUGUGUGGGAGGAUGUGGUGUUGAUAGAAGUUCUGUUGGUAUAUCAUCUGACGCUUUCUUUGAGCCACAGUUCACCGGCAAGCUUUGUUCACCAGCUUGUUAUGAGAAGUGUCCUAACAUUGUUGAUCUUUUCUUCAACUUGGCUGCUGGAGAAGGAGUGUUUUUGCCGGAAUUAUGUGAGAAACAUAAGAGCAAUCCUCGUCGUGCUAUGGUUGAGCUUGUGAGUUCUGGAGCUGCAUUUGGACCAGUUUCUGCUGUUUCAGAAGACAUUGUGGUGGCACCUGCACCUUCUCCUCUUUGA